AUGUCGAGUUUCUUCACAAAGCCCGCCUCGUUGAAGAGAAAGAGACCUGAAGCCGGCGCUCCCCGACCUCAACGCACAAACGAUCGCUCGAAUGCACGCCCUACAAAGCGAAGAGAAACUCGCGACGAUUCUGUCUCCGGCAGCGACUUUGACGACGACGACGACCUAGGCCCUCGCCCGCCUGCCGACUCUGACGAUGAGUCUUCGGAAUCAGAGUUCGAAGGCGAAGAUGCUGCAGGAAGGAGAACACGGCUGGCCGAACGAUACCUCGAGAACACGAGACAACAGAUUAUCUCCGAGGGCUUCGACGCAAAGGACAUUGAUGCAGAGCUGUUGGCUGAGCGUAUGGGCGAGCGCCUGAAAGAAGACUCGGCAGAAAGCAAGGGAAAAAUUUACCGUUAUAUCGCAGACGACUACGACUAUCAGAACGCCAUCAAGUCGCAGUUCCGCGCAGACUCGCAGUCCCUGACCGGCGUGGCCACAUGCGCUCCAUACAUUUACACCGUUUCCAAGGACAUGACUUUGAUCAAGUGGGAGAUGCCACAGCAAAUUGACGCCUCAUCCAAACACACGCAACCCACGAAACCCAAGAAGCUCAUCUACACACGCGGCAAUGGAAAGAGGGAGGAUGAUUUCGACUUCAAGCACCAUACCGACGCUAUCCUUUGUGUAGCCGCUUCGACAGACGGCAAGUUUGUAGCUACUGGUGGUAAAGACAGGAAGCUCAUUGUCUGGGACGCCGCAACACUCAAACCCCUCAAGUUCUUCCACCACCACAGAGAUGCUGUCACUUCUCUUUGCUUCCGCCGCACCACAAAUCAGCUGUACUCGGCCAGCAAAGACCGAACAAUCAAGCUCUGGAGUCUGGACGAAUUGGCAUACGUCGAAACACUUUUCGGUCACCAAGAUGAAGUCACUGAUGUUGGCGCUCUGAACCAAGAAUUGUGCGUUACAGUAGGCGCCAGAGACAGGACGGCGAGAUUCUGGAGAGUCGUCGAGGAAAGUCAACUCGUCUUCCGCGGUGGCGGUAGCGGUGCCUCGUCCAAGCAAAGAAAGGAGAAUGCUGCAGCCGGUAUUCCUCAACCACGAGAGUUCCACGAAGGCUCCAUCGACAGAGUGACUAUGGUCGACGAUGAAACUUUCGUUACUGGCUCAGACAACGGUACUUUAUCGCUUUGGAACAUCCAGAAAAAGAAGGCCAUGUUCACUCUACCACUCGCACACGGCCUUGACCCACCACCGAACCCCGACGAUGUCAGCGCGGAAGCCGAUCCUUCAGCAGAUGCAAGCGUAUACACAGAACCUCAACCCAGAUGGAUCACCGCUCUUGCUUGCGUACCGUUCAGCAACAUUGUCAUCAGUGGCAGUUGGGACGGCCAACUGAGAGCCUGGAAGAUCACCGAAGACAGGAGAAGGCUGGAAGCUUUGGGUCCCAUCGGCUGCGUCGAAGACAACCAACUCAUCGACGGAGAAGCAAUGUACAUGGACGACUCAAUACACGCUGUACCAGAGUCGAACAAGACGGUCAAUGGCGUUAUCAACGACCUUGCUGUGUUCGAACGCGGUGACAGAGGCAAAGAUGGUCUGGCGAUCGUUGCAGCUGUCGGCAAAGAGCACAAGCUUGGUCGAUGGAUGACGAAUGCUGGAAAGAACCACGCCAUGCUGUUCCGCGUGUCAAAGAAGGUGACGGAGAACGGAACGAUAGAGGGUGCUGAGGAAGCAGAGGACGAGUGA